GCAGAGGAGGCGCACAGCCCCUGGCUGGAGCGGGAGCCUCCCCCCAGGAUCGCCGUCAGUUCAGUGCCCUCGUCCGGCAUCCGCGUCCCAGCCCUGACCCUGAGCAGUGUGCGGGGCCCGUCCCAGCCCCUGACCACGGCGCAGGCUGCAGCUCCCUCAUCUCCUGCCCCUUCUUCUGCCAGGGCUCUGCCUCCAGUCGUAGCAGCAGGAGAAACCGCUUCAGAACCAAGCACAGAUCAGUCCUGUACUUAAAUAUCGCUGAGGCCGGAUUGCUUCUGGAGGAAUUACAAGAGGUCGCGUUACAGCUGGCUGCACCUCCAGAGCUGCACAGGAGCGAAACCGAGGCGGGGGCUGGUGCGGGAGGAGCCGGUGCUGCCCUGCUGCCAUGAGCACAGUUCUCCAGGCUGACACCGACGCCGCCACCGCUGUCACUUCCUGGUGGCCGUGAGCGUCCCGCGGGGACCAGGCGAACGCCAGCGCAGGACCUGCAGGAAGCGUGGCCGCGGCCAUCCGGCCUGUCUACGUGCUGCCCGGGGUCGGCGGGGGCUUAGAGAUGAGGCUGAUCCUGGCCGGGAAGGCUGGUGGGGGGAAAAGCGCCACGGGGAACACCCUCCUCGGGAAACGUGUCUUUGAGUCCAAGCUGUCCACCACGCCGGUGACCGUGAGCUGUGCGAAAGCGCAAGGGCACUGGGACGGCGAGGACUUCACGGUGGUUGACACGGCCGACAUUUUCAACCCAAGUGAUGCCAGUGAUGAGGUGUACCGAGAAAUUAUCCGCUGCGUCAGGCUGUCCUCCCCGGGCCCCCACGCGCUGCUGCUGGUGACCCAGCUGGGCCGAUUCACCCAGGAGGACAAGGAGGCCGUAGAGAGACUGCAGGACAUCUUUGGAGCUGGUGUUUUGAGGCACACCAUCGUCAUAUUCACCCGUGCAGAAGAGCUGGCGGGGAGAUCUCUGCACAGCUACGUGUCCUGUACUGACAACAAAGCUCUCGGCGAGCUGAUCCAGAGGUGUGAGAACAGGUACUGCGGCUUCAACAACCGGGCAGCUGGAGCCGAACGGGACCAGCAGGUCACGGAGCUGAUGGGGAUGGUCCGCUGCAUGGUGCAGGCAAAUGGGGACAGGUACUACAGCAAUGAGAUGUACCUGGAGCCCAAUCUAACAGAGGAGAAGGUGAGGUAUCACAUGGCGAGGUACAGAGCAGGCAGGAGAAAGAGGGAGCGGUUCAGCUGGCGGCCAUCCCGGAGAGUUUUCCUGGUUUUUGUUCUGAUUGUCUUCAUCAUUAUUGUGAUUUCCCUGGGUUUCCUUAUCGCACGGCUGCGAUGAAUCCCAGCACCACAGAACCACUGACCGCCCGGGGCUGGAGGCACCUCCGCACACCGCGUGUUCCAUCCCUGCCCAGGCAGGGUCCCCAGCGCCGGCUGCCCAGGACCGUGUCCAUUGGGUGUUGGACAUCUCCAGGGAUGGAGACCCCAGCGCCGCUCUGGGCAGCCUGUGCCAGCGCUCAGACACCUGCAGAGCAACAAAGGACUUUCCUGAUGUCUCACUGGGCGCCCUUGUGCCUCCGGC